AUGGAGCCAGGAGGAGGUUCCUGCGGUGCCGCGCACAUGUUCGAGCACGGUUCCACCACCUCCCAAGCCGCCAUCAGCGCCGAGCAACCGUCUGGUCAGGACUGCCUCAGGAGGCGGCUCCCGGGGCCUCCGCACGUGCCCCUGACUGUCAGGUUUGGGCUCCGUGUGCUCAGCUGUCCUGUGGUCCUCAUCUGGACGCUGUUCCUUAGUCGUAAGAGCUUGCAAUGCAACAACUGUGCGUACUGGACCGCCUAUGGGGUGAAGACAGAACCCAGCACCGCGGAGCCUGGGGCGGGCGCCAGACAGGGAGCGCGGCGCAGAGCCGGGGUGGGCGCAGUGCGCGUGCGCAGCGAGGCCAGGGCGGGGGCGGGAGCGGGAGCGGGGCGCGGAGCGGGGGUGGGCUCACUGCGCGCCGGGGCGGGGAGGGAGCGCGGGGCUGGGGUGGGCGCCGUCCGGCUCGGCGGGCGGGGGCUGGACGGCGGGGCCGCGGACGACGCCCGGGCGGCCCGCCGGAAGACUCCCGUUUCCCGUGAUUUUGCUGAACUUGUGGCCGAGUUCUUGGCCGCUGGACGAGCGGCAGCGUUGAGACUGUGUGAGAAGUUUCCAGCGGGGGCCUCCCGAGUGUCCGCCGCCCCGCCGCUCGCCUCCAUGCGGGUGGACGCGGCCCCCGGGCGGAGGCCGGCCGGCCCGCGGUCCGGGGCUGGCGGGGGCCGCGGCCCCGCGGGCGCGCCGAGCACCAGGGCGGCCCGCAGACGGCGGCGGCGCGGCGCGGGGCCCCGCACCCCCGGCCGGCGGCCGCGGAGCCUGGUGGGCUGCAGGAUCCGGCACGGCUGGAGGGAGGGGGACGGCCCGGUCACCCAGUGGAGGGGCACCGUGCUGGACCAGGUGCCCGUGAACCCCGCCCUGUACCUCAUCAAGUACGACGGCUUCGACUGCGUCUACGGCCUGGAGCUCGACAGGGACGCGCGCGUGUCCGCGCUGGAAGUGCUGGCCGACAGGGUGGCGCCGUCCCCCGUGGGCGAGGCCCACCUGGCCGACAGGAUGGUGGGCAAGGCCGUGAAGCACACCUUCGAGGGCGAGGACGGCGCCCGCGACCAGUGGCGGGGAACGGUCCUGGCGCGCGCCCCCACCAUGAGCACGUGGUUUUACAUCACCUACGAGAAGGACCCGGUCCUGUACAUGUACCAGCUCCUAGACGACUACAGAGAAGGCGACCUGCGCAUCAUGCCGGACCCCAAGGACUCGCCUCCAGCAGGACAGGAACCAGCAGAAGUUGUGGACAGCCUGGUGGGCAAACGGGUGGAGUACGCCAAGGAAGAUGGCUCCCAGAGGACUGGCAUGGUCAUUCACCAAGUGGAAGCGAGACCGUCCGUCUGUUUCAUCAAGUUUGAUGACGAUUUCCAUAUCUAUGUGUACAAUUUGGUGAAAACAUCCUAGAUGUCAUCACCAACUUUGCCAAAUUUGUGAAAGUAUUAAAGGUAUAAUUUGUAGACCUAAGACCUGAUUGCUUCCCAGUUUAAUGAAAGCUUAAAUCUCCCUGCGAACCCACCGUCUCUGCCAGCAGAGCUGGUUUCCUUCUGAAUAGUACAGAUUUAUGUGACCACAGAGCAUUUUGUGUAAGGAGUUCCUUGCUCUUAAACGAAGUCUGCCUGUCUGGAGGGGAGUUACAGGCAAGUUUGGUCAAAGUUAAGGGAGAAUCAACGUCAUUCAAAACUGUAAUGGGUCCUAUCCAUUCUCCCCUUCACUCUUAGCACUUUUAUUCUGCUGCCACAAUGCAAGCAUAGUUUGGUGUUUUUUGACGGCCUUUUUAGAGAUAUAUAUGUGUCUGUAACUACCUAUCUUUAUCUGUGUGUAUACAUAUGUAAUAUAUAGACACACAGAGAUCUGUGUGCACACGCACACACUUCAUUGACAGCGCUUCCUUUGUGGAUUGGGAUGAGGGUGUAACUCCAGUGUAACAGGAGUGCCUGACCCAGGUCAAUCAUACUUAGUAUAUUACUGCUGUUUAUUUAAAAUUAAAUGUGAGCACAGGAAGCACAUAGGGAGGUUCAGCUGGUUUUGAAAGUCAGAAGUUCAGAGCACUUCUUCAGUCUGGAGGCGUUAAACCCUAAGGCCAAACAUGAAUUGCUUGUGCACAGCCAAUGACCCACGUUUGGACUUUCCAAAACAGUUAGAAAUCUAGCUAAAAGACUGCCUUUAAUUCUAAGCUCUGUAAGUUUUUUUUUUUUUUUUUUGAGGUCACCUUGGUUUAUAACAUUAUGUAAACUUCAGAAGUACAUCAUUAUAUUUCGACUUCUGUGUAGACUGCGUCAUGUUCACCUCCCCAAGUCUAAUCGCCAUCCAUCACCAUACACAUGUGCCCUUGUACUCCUUUUGCCCUCCACCUUCCACCCUUCCUGUCUGCUUACCACCUGUCUAAUCUCUGUAUCUAUAUGUUUGUUGUUGUUGUUGUUUUUAUCUUCCACAUAUGAGUGAAAUCAUACAGUAUUUGUCUUUCUCGCUGUUAUUUCGCUUAGCGUAAUACCCUCAAGGUCCAUCCAUGUUGUUGCAAAUGGCAAGAUUUCAUCUUGUUUGUGGUUGAGUAGUAUUCCAUUGUGU